GGCCAGUCCGGGCCUGCAAUUAAGAGUAACAAAGUGGAUGAUUUAAGCUGUGUAAUAAUUCUGUCUCUCAUUCAAUCUACUUGUUCUAUUCAUGUCAUUUUUUUAACAUUGAUUUUAAAAAGUCUGUAGAAUUUUCUUGGAGGAAUUACUACAUUCCAGCUUCAUGUUUUAUUUUGUUAAGUACAACAUGUCAUGUUGAUUGUUGUACUGAGCUUGAACGAUCUGCAGCAGAGCUAGGGAGAAAAGCUGUGGGUGGGGCUCUGACAUGACUACAGAACUAUUUUCUGUCAGUCUUCUACUGCUCUGUGUGCAGCUCUGUGUGCGGAUAACUGCAAAUAAACUCCAAUAUCAUCCACGUUCAGAGUGCUUGUUCUGGUGGGACUGGGUCAGAUAAAGCCAAAGGUCACACUUCCUGUUGGCUGGUCCCAGUCUGCCAUUUUCUUCUGACGGCUCUCCUCAACAAGGCGUUGCUGCCUACAUAGCGGUCGCUGACUUGGGAGGUUUUUGGUUCCUUUUUUCAAACUAUUCUCUGAAUGUAUAUCGGUGCUAAAUCCUCUCCCACUUACGAUGGUUCAAGUUGUCCUUAGUGUGAUUUGCUGAAGAUUAACUGGCACUGUGUGCUGUGAUCGUCACACCCAGUCAUGCAGAAACACAAACACAGAUUGCUGCUUAUCUUUAUUCUAUUGGGAUUUAUACUGCUCAUUUGCAGCAUGAUAUUUAUGGAGAGGAAAAUGCAGAGGAACUCAUCCAUUAAGCCUUCUGAAAUCUUCAGGCCGCUGGAGGUAACCCACAUUUACUGUGCAAACUUUGGCCAGGAGCCCACAGCAGAAGAGGCCAAAGAACAGAGAGAUCUGCUCAAUUCCAUUGCAUGGCCAGGUCCCUUGGUGCAAGGCCUCCCUCUGGAGCUCAGUAGCAACCCUUCUAAGAGCUACUUUGUGAUUCAGGGCCCAGCAGAGCAACACAUAGGCAGUCAACUUGUGGUUCAUGUCCAUGUGCAGAACUCUUUGGGUGCGAAUAAGGAUCACGGUGGAGAUUUCCUGAUAGCUCGGCUGCAUUCACGUGAGCUGGGUGCUGGAGUUGCAGGGAAGGUGCACGACCACCAUGAUGGCAGCUAUACAGUGCUGUUCCCACUGCUAUGGGCUGGUGUAGUGCAAGUAGAAAUUAUGAUGGUGCAUCCGAGUGAGGCAGUGGCAGUGCUCAAAAGGUUGCAGGAGGAGCAACCAGACAGAAUAUUUUAUAAAAGCCUGUUCCGCUCUGGUGCCCUCUCAGAGACAACCUUCUGCAAUCUGUGCCUGCCACUCAACAAGAAACCACUCUGCAACUACACUGACCCUUCAACUGGAGAGCCCUGGUACUGCUAUAAACCCAAAAACCUAGGCUGUGACACACGAAUAAAUCAUGCUACAGGGGGAUAUACAAAGAACCUCAUUACCAAAUAUGAAGCACAGUUCUUCCAGAGUGGUGUAAAUCUCAAAGUUCCUAUACCUGCAUCUGCGAUUGACAAAGUGACUGUAUUACCUGCAGAAAAAGGACAAGCCAAAGUAAAAAAUAAUUACAAUACUGCUGGCUACUACUUUCAUGAUACCUGGAGGUCUUUGAAUGGUGCAGUCAUCCAGCAGUUUAAUGACUCUUCAGCCAUAACACAUUGUCUUAGAGGGAAGAUUGUGUACAUGCUUGGAGAUUCCACUUUGCGUCAGUGGUUUGAGUACCUCACUGCUUUUGUUCCUGACCUCAAACAGUUAAAUCUUUACACUCCUAAGAGAGUAGGGCCAUUCAUGGCUGUGGACAGCACGAACAACAUUCUGGUGAGCUACCGCUGCCAUGGGCCGCCCAUCCGCUUCACCCCAGUGCUCUCCUCUGAGCUGCACUAUGUAGCAAAUGAGCUAGACAGGAUACAGGGUGGGCCGGACACAGUCGUUCUUGUGAGUGUGUGGUCUCACUUCAGCUCCUUUCCUAUUGAGAUGUAUAUACGGCGCCUCCGGCACAUCCGCAGGGCCGUGGUGCGGCUGCUGAACCGUGAUCCAGCUACCUUGGUGGUGAUCCGCACUGCCAACCUGCAGAAGCUUGACCCAGAGAACAGCCUGUUCAAUAGCGACUGGUUCUGUCUGCAGAUUGAUGCUGUGCUGCGUGCCAUGUUCAGAGGACUCAAUGUGCAGAUACUUGAUGCCUGGGAGAUGACGCUGGGCCACCACCUACCCCAUGACCUACACCCACCCCGUGCCAUUAUCAAAAACAUGAUUGAUGUGAUCCUCUCCCAUAUUUGUCCAGUUGGAAAAAUAUAGAAGUAUGAAAAAAAAAAAUUAAUUGUAUAUCAAUUCCCACAGCAAUAAAUGAACAUCCACUUCUGAAAGUAAUAUGGAGAAUAAGCACUCAUAUGAGUUAAAUGCUCAGAUCUGAUUGGUCAGUAGGUGUGCAUUAUUUUUGUACAGGUAGUUCUGGCUGCAAUGAACGAUAGGUUAAUAUUAAUGCACCUGUUCUAAUGCAUUAUUGUUUCUAUAGUAACAGCUCAUACACAGGGACUUGUAUGGCAGACAUGUCACAUAAUCUAAGAAUAAUAAUUAAUGGAUUUAAAAAUGUGUUGUAUAACAAAGUAAUUUUUAUAAUCGUUGAUGUGUUGAGGUUUUUGUUAGGAGACAUUUAUUUAACAUAUAUGGAAGGGGUCUUGGUUGUAAGUGCUCUCAGUCUCGGUUACACGUUCCAUUUGCUGCAUUUUCAUGGUGUGUGUGUGUGUGAGAGAGAGAGAGAGAGAGAGAGGCUGGUGAGUGAAUGACUGUUUAUUGCAGCUAUAACAUAAGUGAGAACAGGAACUAUCUUGUCCAUGGAUGUUUCACAACAUUAAAUCUAAAAAUUAAAACUAUAAACCAUUAACAUGCUUGAUUUUCAUUAGAGUCUGAAAAAGGAAGACCUUUAAUAUCAGGACCUCUAUUUUGGGAACAUAUACUGUACAAUUUUCUUUUAAAUAAAAAAUAAAAUCCUAUGUGUUGUAAUGGCUUUAUCAGAGUAUUAUACAAAGGUAUUUGAUCAUCUAAAGGCAUAUUGUUAAAAAGGUUGUUAUUUUGAAUCACAUGGAGUAUAAUGGUCUAAACUUCCAAUAAUUUGUUUCCAUGUUGUAGGUUUACUUCCUUAAGAUUAAGAUUAAGUAAUAAUGAGAAUUUUCCUGUAGCCCUUACUUAAUAUGGAAUAUUAUUUCCAGUUUUAUAUUCAUCGUUGGUGGUCUCCAGUCUUUUGGUAGGGGAUGCGGAGUGGGUAACCACAAACACAGUUGGGGUUGAAAGUCACAUGGUGACCUGCUACUGUGAGGUAUUUUCAAAACUUGGACAUUCUUUGUUGCUUCUGUAGCUACAGCCUCCUUAUAUGCUUUUUUUUUUUUUUUUGCUAGUUGAUCAAUCCCUGCUUAAGGAUAGAGUAAAACUGGUUCAUACUUACUUCAUUUUUUGGUGAUUGCAAUAGUAAUUGUUGGCAUUCUGAAUUUUCACACAUUUUUUUCUAAAGUUUAUAAUUGUCAUAAAGCUAAUCAAGCAAAUGCCAUCAACUACUAAAAAUGACCAAUCUGGAGUCUCACAUCAUCCUUCAUUCUCUUAGUCAGCAAGUCCCUACCUGCAUAGCUAACCCUGGAAGUAAACACAGAGCCUGGAGAUUUUCUCUGCUUAGAUCUAUUUUAGUAAUAGCUGUGGCACAAAAAAAUUCACUGACUUUGGAAGGUCUCACAGCUAAAAUUGGCAGAUCAGAUCAGUUCUUCUGUCUUGAAGCCCAUGAAGCUUCAAGAUGAAGUUGUUAGGAGGAAAAAAGCUGGAGAAGGUUAUAAAAAAAAAUUAGCAAAGUUUCUGACCUUCUUAAGAGCACUGUGAACUCCAUUAUAACAAAGUGGAAAAUAUAUGGCACAACCCAGACAUGAAAGACAAGAAAGGUAAGUGUCAGUGUCCAGGAAUCCAGCUACAACACUGAAGGGGUUACAGAGCUCACAGGCUGAAAUACGAAAACCUGUGCAGACCGCAACAACAUCAUUAUCAGUUCUUCACAGAUCUGGCCUCUGUGGGUGCGGCCACAAGGAAGCCACUUCUGAGAAAGGCUAUGUUAGAAACUUAGAGCUUUUGGAAAAAUAUUUUUUGGUUUGAUGAGACUAAAGUGGGGCCAUUUGGUCUAAAAGCAAAGCAUAAUGUUAGUGCAGACCAAAUAAAUCCUAACACCCAGGUAACACCAUUCCUGUGAUCAAGCACAGUGGUGGUAGCAUCAUGCUAAAUCUUGUUGCCAUCACAGGCGUAACAUUUAGCUUCCUACAGCUGUCAGUAACAUAAAUACUGAGAUGCCGCAUUCUCUAAUUAGCUGUUUUACCUACAAGUCUGCGUCAAUGGCUGAGUGAGAGCCGCCAUUUUGCGGCGGUAUGUGGCACAUCGACAACAGCACUUCACACUGUUAACGCAAAAUUAGUACUAUAGUUUUGUAAAUAGUGCAGUUUUGUGCAUUCUAAUGUAUCCGUCAAGUUCAGCUUGUAUAUUCAUGAUGUGAGCUGAAUUUAUUCUAUAAUUCAAACAUAGUAAUUCCACAAUUCUACAUUAAUAUUUACAGUUCAACUGUAACACAAUACAAAGUUCUUAAUAUAUAUGUAGAUAUAUACAUUCCUGGGCAAAAUAAAUAAAUAAAUAGGCCAAGCCCAAAAUGGCAAACUAUUAAGCUUUUAAUGGUCUUAACAACAAAUCAUUGGUCAGAAAAUUAGCAAGAUUUAAACAAUUAGAUAAAGGAACUUAGUAUGGAAUAGCUUUUCCCUUUGAUUUCUUUCAAUGUUUAAGCCUUGUGGCUCUUGAUGGGCUGCAUCCGGUGUGGCAGAUAACCAAAUAAUGACUAAUCUUUUAAGAAGAAAAAAAAAACUGCCAGAAGAUAUUAGAAGAUAUUUUGGGAAAAAAUUUGUAUAGCCAGAUAUGUGUUGGUUUGAAUUUUACAUCAAACAUUUUAAUCAUUAUCAUGAUUUUACCUUUGUGUCCAAGAAGACUAUAUAAGUGAAUUUCCUGUUUCUAGCUUUUCCCCAAACAGUUCACUGCAGCAAAGUAAACCAGCAAAUGGAGCUGCAUCUGUUUAAUUCUUGCUAAUUUUCUGAUCUUUGUUGUUAAGACCAUAACACCAAUAAAAGCUUAAUAUUUAGCAUUAUGGGCAAAUAUAGCCAUUACACACACACAUAUGUAUAUAUGUGUAUAUAUACAUAUAUAUAUGAUUAAAAAACAAAACAUGUAAAUUCCUCAAAUAAAACACCUACUGCACAAUACUG